AUGAAGCAAGAUGCGCGGAACAUGGACGACCGUCAGGAGAGGUAUGAGCUGUUUACGCUGAUGGAGGGCGAAGAGAAGGUUACGAUGGAGUGGGAUUUGCGCCUCCCUAAUACCGCUAUCUUCACCUUCUCCCGCGAAGACCACACCCUCGGCAACCUCCUCACCUCCGCUCUCCUUGACACGGACCACGUUCUCUUCGCCGCCUAUAAAGUCCCGCACCCCCUCUUCCCCACCUUCACUCUCCGUAUCUCCACCGAUGCCACUAUAGGCCCCAAGGAAGCGCUCACCACCGCCUGCAAGCGCGUCAUCGAGGACCUCAGCUCCCUUUCCAAAAAGCUCACCCGCGAAUGGGAGCUCACAAAGCUCGCCGCCGCCAAAGAUGGCCGCCCCGACCUCACUGAAGAAAGAGAGCAGUGGACGGAGCGCGAAAGAUUCAUGCGGGAGCAGCGCGCUAAGCAUGCGCAGUGGGACCGUGAGCGAAAGAGGGAGCAGAUGAGGGAGAUGGAGGAGGAGCAGAGACGCAUCCAUGACAUUGAGAGAGAGCACGAGAAAGAAAUCGAACUGCUGAGAACGGCCAACCAGUUACGUGCGAGAGGUAACAGGGGGGAUGCGUCGCCGCCGGCAAGACACGACGCAGACCCGAUCUGGGAACGCCGCGGCGGAUCUCCAGAAAGAGUGAAUGGUGGUGCAGCAAGAUCGGCGUCGCCGCCGCCGGCACGGUGGAGUACGUCUCCCCCGGCUUCUUCUCCUGCCCCUGCUCGAUCAGCUGUCUCGCCGCCCCUCGCACCGUGGGGCCAAGAUGAGCCGAACAUUGCAUCAUGGAGUACUGCUGCCCCAUCUUCUUCUGUUGCCCCUACUCGUUCGGCCGCUUCACUGUCUCCUGCGCCGUGGGGUAUGGAAUCGCCAAACAUUGCACCAUGGACCACUUCUGUCCCAUCUUCUUCUGUUGCUCCUACUCGUUCGGCCGCUUCGCCUUCUCCUGCACCAUGGGGUGCGGAGUCGUCAAACAUUGCACCGUGGAGUACGACUACCCCGUCUGCCCCGUCUUCUGCCCCUACUCAUCCAGCUGCUUCUCCGUCUCCUGUGCCAUGGGGUGCCGAGUCACCAAACAUUGCACCGUGGAGCCGUCCUACUAUUGCCAGCGUCGCAGAGGACCCCGCCUACCAUUCCGCAGAAGAAUAG